UUGUAUUGAUCCACUGCUGCAUUUGCUGCGCUGUUCCUACAUUGGCACGUCACAACUAUUUCUCACUAUCGCGUACGAAUUUUCUAGUGUGCGGUCGGCGAUGGCACCCCGCUUGAAGAAGGCGCGAAUCGCCAGCACUCCGUUGCACGGCAAUGAUUCAUCAGAAGCUGUAGUCCACGUCAAACAAACAGCGAUCCGUCCCAUUCUCCAAUCGUAUCCCGAUCUGCUCCACGACUUGUUGGAUCCGAUGACCAACGAUGAAUUUUUGAAUCGGAAUUUUCGAAAAUCUGCUGUUCACGUCACGGUUACGCAAGAAAAAGAUAGGGAACAAAGGAUUGCCAAGCUUCGGGCUCGUCUAUUCGAUCUCGAUUCGGAGAGUAUUUUGCAACACACGGCCAGUGACACGGUAUUCGUUUGGCUCCGGAAUACGACGACUGGACUGAUUCAAUCAAUUGCAGUAGCUGAUCUUGAAACAGCGUUGGCGUUGCACCGAGCGGGUCACGCCACAUACUGUCGUGCCCCUCCGAGCUUGGAACGACUCUUGGUGGGCGCCUUGUUGGAGAACACGGGCCUGGGUUGUGGACAGUACGAUCCGACCGGAUCGUCGCUAACGAGUUUAGGCCGUGGAGAAGUUGAAGUAUUCCAGGGAACAGCUGGGCAUGUCCCGUCCUGGCACACGGAUUUUCAAGAAAAUUUUACCGUACAACUCUCUGGUGUCAAGCGCUGGCGACUGCAAAAGGGUUCGGUCACCCAUCCCUUGCGGGGCUGUACACCGCACUACCGCUCACCUUCGUCGGUUGAGCCACAAUUAAAAGCUGCACGAAUGAUUGACAAAAAUUUUCAGUUUGCUCAUCCUAAAAAGGAUGUCAAUGCUGUAGGCGAAGUGGAAGAAGUCGUGCUUCGACCGGGGGACGUCCUGUACUUUCCUGCCGGAAUGUGGCAUCAAGUCGUCACGGAAGAACCCGGCGUUUCACUUAAUAUUUCACUCAUGGCCACAAAUUAUGCCGCACUCACAUGCCAAGCAUUGCAGCAUGUCUUACUGCAAAAGUCUUCUUGGAGAGAAUGUGUCACUCGGUCAGUAUCUACUUCAAAUGGGUCGCAGUCAAUUUCGGUGAUCGAGCAUUUGAAGUCUUUGUUACAAGCAUUGCCCGAUAUCGUUCGCGAGUUUGAAGCUGGUGGUGGUGCGCAGUCAAUACUACCGCCGUGUCUACAUUACAGUAAAUUUACAAAGUUGAUGGACAAGGAAAACAGGAUUGAAGCUGAUAACGGAUCGAUGGAGGAGGAAAGCGACGACAGCAGUGCUACUUUGGAAGAGUUGCCUGUUUUAGAACCCCCCUUUGAAAUUCCUGCUGAACAUAGUUUGACCCGCAAAGCAUUUAUAAAACGGCUCGAAACGCACACUUUGCGCAAAAAUCCGCUUGCUGUUUUGGCUCGCUACGACGAAAUAACACGCUUUUACAAUCAAACGGAUCAUACCGAGUUCAGUAGCCAUGUUCGCCGGGAGGAAGACGACAGCGAUGAGAACCAGAUUCCAGACGACCAAGUCUAUGUACUAAAUGUUAACUUUGCCGGUAAUGAAGGACAAGAAAGCCUUAUUCGUGUCCUAAUUCGAAACACGGACGAGUUUUUAUGCAGCCUUUACGGCAACGUCAGCAAUAGAGUUGAAAUUGAUGAUGGCGCGCUUGAGUCGAAAAAUGUCCGAAAUGUUCUCGAUUGCCUCAUUUACUACGGCUACUUGGUUUGGGUUUGA